UUCGGCAAAAAGCUCUCCGGGACUCUGUCUGGAAAGCUGAGUAAAAAUCUGUGUCACUGCUUUGUCUCUUGACGUUCCUUAGUCGUCGUUUAUCCCCGUCAACCGACGUCUCGGAUCUACGUAUAAACAAAAGCAGAGACGCUGAAAGAAAGACUAAAAACAUGGGAUGCAAUACGGGCCGAUGCCUCGGUCCAGACAAUACGGGGUACCCUGGAUCAGAAUUCAUGGCAGCCAUUAGGAAGAAAUUGGUUAUUGUGGGUGAUGGUGCUUGUGGUAAAACAUGCUUACUCAUAGUCUUCAGCAAAGACCAGUUUCCUGAAGUAUAUGUACCUACAGUGUUUGAGAACUAUGUUGCAGACAUUGAGGUCGAUGGAAAGCAGGUGGAAUUGGCACUUUGGGACACAGCUGGGCAAGAAGAUUACGAUAGGUUGCGUCCACUGUCGUAUCCCGACACAGACGUAAUCCUAAUGUGCUUCUCCAUCGAUAGUCCCGAUUCCUUGGAGAACAUUCCCGAGAAAUGGACACCAGAGGUGAAGCACUUUUGCCCAAAUGUGCCCAUUAUCCUUGUUGGAAACAAAAGAGACUUGCGCAACGAUCCUAAUACCAUCAAAGAACUUAGCAAGAUGAAACAAGAACCAGUUAAGCCAGAAGAAGGUAGAGCUAUGGCCGAAAAAAUCAACGCUUUUGCUUAUCUUGAAUGUUCUGCUAAGAGUAAGGAGGGUAUUAGGGAAGUAUUUGAAACAGCCACUCGGGCAGCGCUACAAGUGAAGAAGAAAAAAAAAGGAAGAUGUUGGCUACUUUAAUUCUUGAACUCAAUAUACGAGAUGUGGAAACUAAGGGGAUUGGAUAACGGCUGACUGCAAUGAAGCUAGUUGUUAUUGCUGAAGGCCCCCAGCGGAAACCAUAAUAUAAUAAUAAUAACAACUUAUCUUUAAUUAUUUUACACAAUAAAACAAAUCUAUAAAAAAAUGAAAAACAACCACAAAAUGCGCCCGCAAUAUAUUGAAAAAAAAACUGUCAUCAAUAAAACCGGAGACUUAAACUAUUGACUAAAUUCAAUACAAGUAUAUGUGCUAUAUAUGAGAAACCAUAAUGUAUAUUGUAAUGACUACUUGAUUGUAUUUUUUAAUGGUAAUGAAUUGUGCUUCGAGUUUAAACAAUUAAACAAUUGUCAUACCAACUACUUACAUUUACGGUACAUAAUUAUCUAUAUCAUUAUAGCAAUUAUUACAAUUAUUAUUAGUAUCUCGUUACUAUUAUAUGCAUUCUACAUCCUUUUUCUUUUUUUUUCUUUUUUUUUUAAUC